AUGAGUGGUGGUGGUGGCGCCACCUGUGAGGUGCACUACGAUGCUGCCACACGCACCUGGCAGGGACCGCGGGGCAAGGAGUUCUACGGUCCUGAAAUGACGCUCGGCGAGGUGACAAUGCGUGUGCUCAAUUUAAAUGCGGAUAAGAUACUUCAACAUUGCGAUACGACCGGAUUGGAACUAACGGGCGCUCAACUGGCCCAACAGGGUUUAAGAAUUGCCCAAGGAUUUAGGAAACUUGGAUUGUGCUGUGGUGAUGUCAUUGGCAUUUCAGCGAAUAACACAAACUACCUGACAGGUGUCACUAUCGCAGCAAUGCUCUCGGGCACGCCCAUCAAUCCACUGCAUCCGGAUUUCGAUCAGGAGACAGUCAAGUACAUGUACGACAUUACAGAACCCAAAUUAAUCUUUUGCGAUGUGGAGAACUAUACAACUAUCAAGGGAGUAAAUGAUAGAUUGCUGAAUCCAGCCUUAAUUUACCUGGUAAAUGGUAAACUUGAAGGUGUUCGCGAUGUCAGUGAACUGCUGAAGGAAACCGAAGGUAUAGCGCCAACUGACUAUGUGCCCUGUCCUAGGCUGAACGGAGAUCACACCGCCUUUAUUGUCUGUUCUUCGGGUACCACCGGCAUGCCAAAGGGAGUGACUCGUUCCCAUCGCAGCCUCAUCUGCAAUUGCAAAAAUCCCAACACCUAUACCAGGGACACUGUGGUAUUGUCCUUCAGUCCGUUGUAUUGGAUCUCUGGCACCUACAUGCUGUUGGCCUCCCUGCUCAAUGGUUGCAAGCGUAUCAUCACAAAUCGACCCUACACAGUGGAGUAUCUACUAGAGGUGGUUCAGAGACAUCAGGUGACCUUCCUGUUUCUUGCCUCCCAUCAGAUAGCCUUACUCUCCAAAUGUCAGAGUGAUCUGCCAAAAAUCAAAGCCCAAUUGGAGUCGGUUCGGGUGUUAAUUGGAGCCGGUUCAAAGGUCUGCAAGGCCGUUUCGAGACGGAUGUACGAACUGAUCGGGAACAUGCGCUUCGUUGUGGGCUACGGACUGUCCGAGGUCGGAGGAGUCAGCAAGAACCUCGGCGGUCCCCUCGGCAGCGAGGGGAAAGUCAUGCGGAAUGUGGAGCUGCGAGUGUUGGACAAACUACGGAUGCCUCUGGGCAUCAAUGAGGUGGGCAUCAUCUAUGCUCAUCUACGCUACAAAUGGGCCGGAUAUUAUCGCAAUCCGGAGGCCACAAAACGUGCUCUGAGUCCCGAUGGACAAUGGCUGAGAACUGGCGAUAUUGGGUACCUCGAUAGCGAGGGUUACCUGUACAUUCAGACACGCGACACGGAUGUCUUUAAGUACAACAACUUUCAGAUUUAUCCCGAGCAAAUUGAAGAGUUUAUUCUACGUUUGCCUGGUGUCAGUGAGGCCUGUGUCUUUGGUGUUCCUCAUGAGGUGUCCAACAACCUAACAGCCUGUGCUGUGGUCCGUACACCCGACAAAGAGGGUCGAGAAUUGGUCGCCAAUCAAGUGAGGAGCAUUGUGGAGCGACACUUGAGUAGUGCCUAUCAUAUACGUGGAGGGAUUUACUUUAUUGAUGCCUUGCCCAAGACCUCCAAUGAUAAACUGCAAAGGCGCAAGGUUCCCGACUUGAUUAAGUCCCUAGGACUUGUCGCUGAAUAGUACUAGACUACGAUUAUUUUAUUUAAAAAAUUUAUCUCUAUAUUUGUGUAG